AUGGUCCCGAUGACGAACGCGUCACUCGGCCUACCAUCUUCGCCCCCUCGUGCAACGUCGGUGUCCUGGCGUGACACGCGACGAACGCCACGAGCGGUGGCGGUGUGCGACGACAUUGCGGCGUCGCCGGUGACAGACUCCGCGCAGCCCGCGCCAGCGGUCUCCACACCGAGGACAGCACAAACGGGUACUGUUUGCUUCGCAUCGCAUGGAAGCCUCGUGCACCGCUCCGGUGCGUUGUUCCCGUCCGCCGCUGACCAGGAUCUCAACUGGCCAGCAUUCGUUGGCGGCAUCGUCACGUCGCGCGGCAGCAUGGCCGGUACCUCCGCGGUACGGUCCGUGCGUCUUCGCGCAUGUGCCGCGGCGCACCGUGAUCUUCACGCGUGCGUCCGGGCGGCUCGGCUACCAGCAGCCCCACUGCAUGGCGCCAUCAUCUCCAUCCGCAGGUGCAUGUUUACCAGGACGGGCACCAAGGUCCUCGCGCGUGCGCGAAACCGCUCGAAGGUGUGCGUCGCCAUCGCUCGGCAGCGGUGUGUCUGUACACCCGUUGCUGCCGACUGUAUUCCGCUGGGUCGUCGUGCCAGUGCACACGGCGACGCAGCUGCAAUAUCCGCGCGGUCCCACGUCUCGACUCGACCGAAGGGAGCUCCUCCCUCGCGAGUAGCUUGCUGGCUGCGAGGCUACGGGACGGGUGUGUGGUGA